CAAUAAGUCAUACAGCUUUUGUCAAGAUGGCUAGUUCCAACAAAACCCAGCCCCGCGAUGCCGAAAUUAUGACAGCUAUUUUGAAAGAUAUGGGAGUGACAGAUUACGAGCCAAGAGUGAUAAAUCAGAUGCUGGAAUUUGCAUAUAGGUAUGUGACGGAUGUCUUGGAUGAUUCUCAGGUAUACAGCGGACAUGCAGGAAGAAGGGACAUUGAUGUUGAAGACAUCAAAUUGGCAAUUCAGACCAGAUUAGAUCAUUCAUUUACAACACCGCCCCCGAGAGAGUUCUUGAUGGAGAUAGCCAAGCAGAAGAAUAGCAGUCCUCUGCCAGCCAUUAAACCUCACAAUGGACCCAGAUUACCACCAGACAGAUACUGCCUAUCUUCUUGCAACUACAGACUCAAACCACCUCAUAAGAGACCCACUUUGACACUGCCCUCCAGAUUAUCUCUCGGCUCAAGUAUAGGUUCCAAGCCAAGUCCUACUUUCUCCAUCGUCUCCAAGAGUUCUUCGUUCAGUCUGAAGAAUAGCAGUUCAUCCUACACCAUGGUUACACAGUCACCCACUGUCAGUAAACCGGCCAUCAACAUCAUCUCUGGACUAGGCAGUAGUUUAAAAGGUACCUCCAGUAAUCAAAGCGAUGUCAAGCCUGAUGUCAAACCAGGUAUCAUCGACACGAAGGCAGGUGUGAAAAGGAAACGUGAAGAGAAUGACUGAGGCGGCCAUCAAACCUUCAUUCUUGAUGGGAACUUUCCAUACACUUCUGCUUGCAGACAUUGUCUUCGAGCUGGUAUUCUCUUCACAUGGACAAGUAGACAUUGACUCAAAAGCAUGUGUGAAAACUAAAUGUUUCCAGUCUUAACUGGAAAUGUACAUGCACUUCUGCUUGCAGACAUUGUCUUUGAGCUGGUGUUCUCUUCACAUGGACAAGUGGACAUUGACUCAAAAGCAUGUGUGAAAACUAAAUGUUUCCAGUCUUAACUGGAAAUGUACAUGCACUUCUGCUUGCAGACAUUGUCUUUGAGCUGGUACUCUCUUCACAUGGGCAAGUGGACAUUCUGAUCUGCAUUAUUUACCA